GAAGAGUAGAUUCAAUCGCGACCGCGACUGCGAUGCAGUAAAUGUUCGAACACCGAACUGGAAGGUACGAUGAUUCCAAAAAAAAUUGGAUUUAUAAUCGUCUACGUUUGUCUCGUUUCACCGUUCGCCUUUAGUUUAGCCGAGGAAAAUAUUACAGUCUCGAAGGAAGAUGAGCAUUUGGAAACAGCACUCACUAAAUUGGUCAGAAUAUUUUCCAAACCCGGAGCUUUUGAGAAGGUCAAUUCCAUACUCGGUGAAAACGCGAUUGAGGAAUCAUCGUCGUGCCCCGAAGGUGAAGAGGGUUUGGAUUGCAGACGAUCGGAAGCUCGCAGAUUGGUCGACUGUCCUCACGGUGACUGUUAUUGUUACAACUGCGCCGCAGCUGGGCCCGAGAUGUGGGCCCCUUGUUGCCGCGAAAGUUUGAGAUGCUGCUCUCAUCUCGCAGCGGCCUGCCGGAACUGUGAUCAUCGAAGCCUCUUUCCGUUCUGUUCGAAACACUUCAAGAAGUGUGUAACUCAGCUGGAAAACGACAGCGCUACUGAGAGCGUACCCAGGCCGCUGACGACAACGGAAAAGUCGCAUUAACAAAAUCAGCGAUCGGAGUUGCGAUGUAAUUUCUGAAAUUUUCAAAAAAAAAUUUUUUUCACAGUGCCCAUGGAACUUCGCAUUGGACCGCGUUUUUAAAAGUGUGCAAAUAAAAUUGCAAAAAAGAAGACUGAAAAUUGAAGAUUGAAUUUUGCGAAACGAUGCAACUAAUUUUAUUAAUAAUCAAAUGAUGAAAAACUUUGUUAUUAAAUGGAAUUCGGAAUUGUAAAACGCUUCGAAAGCGAAUCAGUAUAUUAAGAGUGGACGUACGAAGAGCAACCUUUUAGCGCACGCAAUAGUUUCGUAAUUUCGCCUGAUAGAUCAACUCUUCGAAUACCGAUACCUUGUAUUUCCAUAGAAAGAUACGCGGCGGUUUGCACCGUGAUAUUCUGGAUUCUCGACGGGUUUUCACCAUCAGCGCGUAACGGCAAAGAAAAAAAUGCCUCGAAUCUCGACGAAUUUAGAAAUGUAAUUGAAACUUCGAUGAUUGAUUUCUCGUGAUACAAUUAUUGACAAGCUUUAUUUCAUUACCUUGAGUAACAUUAAAUAUUCGGUGAUUACCUGCUAUUUAAAUCCAUAUCCGGAGAGGGGUGAUUGACGGAUGGGGUCCCAAGCGGCCUUUUCAAACUUCUUUUACUCCCAAAAGUGUGUGUUUUCGUGCGAUAAUUGGUAGCUUUUUAGUAAAAUCCCAAAUUUUGUUUUUCAUCGAGAAAGUUUAACACGUGUCGUCACAAGAUAUCCAAGGAAGAGUAAUAAAUAAUUAUUAGUUUUUUGUCUUCGUUCACGUGUGACGAAAAAGCGAAAGAAAAAUUCAAUUUGAAAAGAUUUUAGUUACCUCGAAUAUCGAGGAACGAAGAAAAAAAUCUUGUUUUCCGAAUGAAUAUUUACAAAUGGUUUCGUCAAUGCGUUGGCAAAGGUGAAAAAUGGGGUGAGCGAGUGAGGAAAGUUUAAUAUCAUUUGACAUCGUUAUGCGACCGGAGAGCGACUCAGGACAAUUAUUAUUUUUACUUAUAAAAAGGAGAGCUGAGAACCAUUUCAUUAUUCUUUCUGUGUAUGUCAUUGUUUUUCCUUCGAGCACAAAAUCUAUUGCGACAUGUACAAAGAGACAGAGAGAUAAUUUGACGUUGAUUGGUUGAUUAUGCUAUUAUAUAACUUGUACGAUACCAUAAUGAGAAAUAUCGAGAUUAUUAGCGUUUAUCUACUAUUCGGUUGAAUGUUUCCAUCUUUUUGUUUUGUUUAUAAAUUUGUGGGGGAGGGGGGAGAAGAGAAAUUCAGACGCGACAGUUGCCAGCGCGAUCGUGCGGACAAGAAAAAAUUGACCACAAAAUACGACGGUGAUGAUAAUGUACGAGCGAAAGUAAUCAAUAAAAAUUAAAUUUAAUUAAUCAGAUUAAUUAAAUUUAAUAUCUUUGUUUGCUUAUUAA